GCUUCAAACUCUCAAUCAUCUUAUGGAAAUAGAGAUUUUUGGGGGUUUAAUUUCCACUCCCAGAACUUGGCAAAAAGUCUGAACUGUACUUUCCGCCCCACUUUAUCUUCGUCCAAGAUUGACAAAAGCCUAGGCAGAAAUGCAUAUUCACAUACCCAGAAGCAAAGGCUGAAUCCUAGAGGUGCUAGGGUUUUUCCAGGGUUUAAGCUUCAGUGUCAUUCCAGAACUGUCGCUUUGCCCAAAAAAACUUCAAUUAGUCGUAGAAAGAAGAAGUAUAGUGGUGUGCUGCCGUCCAUUUUACGGGCUUUGGAGUCUGAAAACAACAUCGAAGAUACCCUAAGUUCAUGUGGGAAACUGAGCCCAAAAGAACAGACUGUGAUUCUCAAAGAGCAGAGAAGUUGGGAAAGAGUUUUGCGGGUUUUUGAGUGGAUUAAAUCACAGGAGGAUUACGUGCCCAAUGUAAUUCACUACAAUGUAGUGCUUCGGGUGCUGGGUAGAGCUCAAAAAUGGGAUGAAUUGAGGCUGUGUUGGAUUGAAAUGGCUAAAAAUGGUGUUUUACCAACAAACAACACCUAUGGAAUGCUGGUUGAUGUGUAUGGCAAAGCAGGUCUUGUGAAAGAAGCACUCUUGUGGAUUAAGCACAUGAAAUUAAGGGGAGUUUUUCCAGAUGAGGUUACAAUGAAUACUGUUGUUCGGGUUUUAAAGGAUGCAGGAGAGUUUGAUUGGGCGGAUAGGUUUUAUAGGGAUUGGUGUGUUGGGAAGGUUGAAUUGGGUGAUUUUGAUUUGGAAUCUGUAGCUGAUUCAGAUGAUGAGAUAGGUUCUGCACCUGUCAGUCUUAAACAUUUUUUGUCAACUGAGCUUUUCAAGAUUGGUGGGAGAAGGCCUAUUUCGAAUAUUAUGGAUUCAUCGAAUACAGAUGGUUCCAGACGUAAGCCACAACUUACGGCUACUUAUAAUACUUUAAUUGAUUUGUAUGGUAAGGCGGGUCGUCUGAAGGAUGCAGCUGAUGUGUUUGCAGAAAUGUUAAAAUUGGGUGUUGCAAUGGAUACUAUUACUUUCAACACUAUGAUCUAUACUUGUGGAAGCCAUGGGCAUUUAUCAGAGGCAGAGGCUUUGCUUACCGAGAUGGAAGAAAGGGGAAUAUCUCCUGACACAAAAACUUACAACAUAUUUCUUUCUUUGUAUGCUGAUGGGGGAAACAUUGAUGCAGCCCUCAAGUGUUACAGGAAGAUCAGAGAGGUGGGACUUUUCCCUGAUGUUGUAACUCACAGAGCUGUUCUUCAUGUAUUAUGCGAGAGGAAUAUGGUUGGAGAGGUAGAGACUGUGAUUGCAGAAAUGAAAAGAUCUCGUGUGCGGGUUGAUGAGCAUUCUAUCCCUGUUGUUAUUAAGAUGUAUGUAAAUGAAGGAUUGCUUGAUAAGGCAAAAAUCUUUUUGGAAGAACAUCUUUUGGAGGAUGAGUUAUCAUCAAGAACACGUGUAGCAAUUAUAGAUGCUUAUGCUGAAAAGGGUCUUUGGGCGGAGGCUGAGCAUGUGUUCAUUGGAAAGAGGGAUUCAGGACAGAAGAAGGAUGUUGUGGAAUAUAAUGUCAUGGUCAAAGCUUAUGGCAAAGCAAAACUUUACGAUAAAGCCUUUUCGCUCUUCAAGGGCAUGCGAAAGCAUGGGACCUGGCCCAAUGAAAGCACUUAUAAUUCUCUCAUACAAAUGUUUUCUGGAGGUGAUUUGGUGGACGAAGCAAGAGAUAUCUUAGCUGAAAUGCAAAAAAUGGGAUUCAAACCGCAGUGUCUAACCUUCUCUACUGUUAUUGCAUGUUAUGCCCGACUGGGACGGCUUCCUGAUGCAGUUGGUGUCUAUGAAGAAAUGGUAAGGUUGGGAGUCAAACCAAAUGAAGUUGUUUAUGGAUCUUUAAUAAAUGGAUUUUCAGAAACUGGAAAUGUUGAAGAAGCUCUUUGUUAUUUCCGCAAAAUGGAUGAAUUUGGCAUUUCAGCAAAUCAGAUAGUGUUGACUUCUCUGAUUAAGGCUUAUAGUAAGGUGGGGUGCCUGGAAGGAGCAAAAACACUCUAUGAGGGAAUGAAGGAUUUGGAGGGUGGUCCAGAUAUUGUGGCAUCAAAUAGUAUGAUAAAUCUCUAUGCUGAUCUGGGGUUAGUGUCUGAAGCCAAGUUGAUUUUUGAUGAUUUGAGACAAAAGGGUAGCGCAGAUGGGGUUUCAUUUGCAACAAUGAUGUAUCUGUACAAGAACUUGGGUAUGCUUGAUGAAGCCAUUGAUGUUGCUGACGAGAUGAAACAGUCGGGGUUGCUGAGGGACUGUGCUUCGUUCAAUAAGGUAAUGGCAUGUUAUGCAACAAAUGGACAGUUGAGUGCUUGUGGUGAAUUAUUGCAUGAGAUGAUAUCAAGGAGGAUUCUACCUGAUACUGGGACAUUUAAAGUAAUGUUUACGGUGUUGAAAAAGGGGGGCCUUCCAACUGAAGCAGUAACACAGCUCGAAUCAUCUUACCAAGAAGGGAAACCUUAUGCUAGACAAGCUGUAAUAACCUCCGUCUUCUCUACAGUGGGUUUGCAUGCUUUUGCACUUGAAUCCUGUGAAACCGUCUUAAACGCUGAAGUGGAUCUUGAUUCUUCUUUCUAUAAUGUUGCAAUAUAUGCUUUUGGAGCAUCUGGAUCAAUCGACAAGGCUUUGAAAAUGUUCAUGAAAAUGCAGGAUGAGGGCCUGGAACCAGAUCUUGUUACUCAUAUUAAUCUUGCUGGUUGUUAUGGAAAAGCUGGUAUGCUUGAAGGUUUGAAGCGGAUUUACAGCCAACUAAAAUAUCGAGAGAUUGAGCCCAAUGAAUCCUUGUUCAAGGCUAUUAUAGAUGCCUAUAGAAGUGCCAAGAGGCAUGACCUUGCUGAAUUGGUUAGCCAGGAGAUGAAAUUUGCCUUUGACACAACAAUGCGGUAGAAUAAGAUGUGCAGAGAAAACCUUCUGCAACAAAUUCAAGUUAGAGGGUGCAGGUAACCAUGUAUGGACAGUGCAAGAACACAGCCAUUGAUGGAAGAUUUUGAAGGUGAUUUUGGGUUUGAUGAAUUACAUGUAAAAUCUGGAUGUAGGGGACAGUAAAUUGUUAGUUGCAAGGUGUAUUAUAUUUAUUAUUCAUGUUUUCUAGACAGAUAUGUAUGAAUAGAAGCUUUGACAUUUUGUUUCGGGAAUUUUUCCAUGCCUGUGCUGUAUUUUGGAUUCCAUAAGAGAUCUCUCAAAAUGUCUUAUCCCAGAGGACCCAGACCAAUUGAUGCCUUGGGAAGAUACCUAGCCAUUUGUAGCUCUAUACAAUAUACAAUCACC